UGUGAAAGAGGAGGAUACAGGAUCUGAUAACACACUGGCUGCUGCUGUCUUGUCUUUGUGAGAAUGAGAAGAAAUAUAUCAGUCGUGUCUUACACAACCCUGAAGUCCUGUAUCUUCAUUUAGCGACUGGUUCAUCUUGCAAUCAUGGAGGUUUAACAGGAAGACGUUACCAGAGUGGAGGGAUCUCCCUCCCUCUCCCUCCAUAUGUUCUUGCCUUACAUAUGGAAAGGACUUUAAGGACUGUGAAAUUUAUAUAACAAAUAUAUUUUUGUAUAAACUUUAGUUUGUUGCAUUUAAAUUGAUUUAUAUUUGUAUAAAUAUUUAUAAAUUAUUUUUCAGUGCCAAAUCAAUUUCUAUAGCACAUACACUGCACAAGGUAACCAUGGUAUUUGUAUUCAUUGCUGCUUGAGCCGUGGCUCUGUUGUAUAUAAGACUUACUUUGAUUCUGCAGUUUGAGGUUUCAUCAAUAUGGAUUUAGCAUGGCCCGAGUGUACUUCUCGGUGUCGCUCUCUGCAGCAUGCCUUGGAUGUUAUUUCAGUGGUGACCAGGGGAAGCGAGCAACAGAUAAAAGUCUUCCUCUCUUCUUAUUGCUACAAUGCUGCUACAUUAAAGGAUGGAUUUGGGCGCAAUGCUGUUCAUGUUGCAGCUUCCUGUGGGAAGAAAGCGGUACUCGAUUGGUUGGCUGAAACAAAAGGUGUAGAUUUGUCCAUUAAAGACAAGGAAUCUGGAUGGACAGCCCUACAUAGAGCUAUUUUCUAUGGACAUAUUGACUGCGGUUUUUCUCUUUUGAAGAAUGGCAGUAAUCUUCAUAUUCAAGAUAAAGAUGGAUUCACUGCAUUGGAUCUGGUAAUGAAAGACAGACCUUCCCACAUUGUCUUUAAAUCUAGCGAUCCCACUGAGCUCUACACCUGGGGAAAUAAUAUUAAUUUCACAUUGGGACAUGGAAGUCAACAGAGCAAGCAUCAUCCAGAGUUAGUGGACAUGUUUCCUCGUUCUGGAAUCUAUAUUAAACAGAUGAUACUGUGCAAGUUUCACUCUAUAUUCCUGUCUCAGAAAGGACAAGUUUUUACCUGUGGGCAUGGACAAGGGGGGCGCCUUGGUCACGGAGAUGAACUCACAUGCCUGGUACCUAGGUUGGUGGAAGGUCUAUGUGGUCACCAGUGUAGUCAGAUUGCUGCUGCAAAAGACCAUACCAUUGUACUGACAGAAGAGGGCUAUGUUUACACUUUUGGCUUAAACACGUUUCAUCAGUUAGGUAUCCUGCCACCUCCGUCCAGCUCUAAUGUCCCUAGACAGAUUCAAGCCAAGAUUUUGAAAGGGAAAACUGUGAUAGGUGUAGCUGCUGGACGCUUUCACACUGUGCUGUGGACUAGAGAAGCAGUGUAUACACUGGGACUUAAUGGAGGGCAACUAGGAUAUUUGCAAGACCCUAAUGGAGAGAAGCAUGUAAGUUGCCCUCGACAAGUUUCUGCCCUUCAUCAUAAGGACAUUGCUAUAUCUUUUGUAUCAGCUAGUGAUGGAGCUACUGUCUGCGUCAGUGAGAGAGGAGAUAUUUAUCUCUUAACUGAAUAUCAGUGCAAGAAGCUGGCCUCCAAGCAGCUUAAUUUAAAGAAAGUCCUUGUCACUGGUGGCUUCCUGGAAUACAAAGCAGACACCCAACAUCUCAAAGAAAAUGGUGGUCAACCAGUUUGCAUUCUUGCCCUGGACCAAGCUGGAAAAGUGUUUUGCUGGAAGUCGCACAACAGCUCUGUAAAGCAGUGCCGAUUAAUUUAUGGUCGCCAAGUCCUCGUGACAGACAUUGCACUAAAUAGGAAUGAGACCAUGUUUGUUACACAAGAAGGAGAAGGAUUUACAGGAAAAUGGAUGCUGGAAAAGAAAAAAAGUGUUGGGAAGAAAGAAAAUUCAAUAUCCGAUUCAUCCUUUCACUGUGAUACGCCCAGUGUGUUUGAAAGAAUUUGCCUUCAGAAGCUUUCCUUUGUCCACAGGGCUGUAAGUGUAACUACAGAUCCCAAUGGAUGCAACUUUGCGGUCUUACAAUCUGAUCCGAAAACAAGCCUUUUUGAAAUCCCAACUCUGUCAUCUUCAGUGUUUGCUGAUGAUUUUGGCAAACUUCUCAGUGAGGUAGAUGAGACGGACAGUAUACACGAUGUGACUUUUCAAGUGGGUGCCCAGUUUUUCCCCUCUCAUAAGUACAUACUCGCCAUGCGAAGCGACUUUUUCCGUAAGCUUUUCUUUUCUGGAGAGUGCAACCAACUUGAUUUUCCAGACAUCUACCAGAAGGGGGAGGAUGCAGCCGGAUGUGAUCAGUUUGUGAUUGAGAAAGUUCACCCAGAUUUAUUUGCAUACGUUUUGCAAUUUGUCUAUACAGACACAUGUGGUAUGCUUGUACAGGGCCAUAAACCCAGGGUUCGUUUGAAAGAUAAAAUAGAAGAAAAACAGGACACAAUCAUCUCCAAUCUCCAAAAGAUGAACUUUCAUGAAGAUGUCAAGGGCAAAUCUGCAUAUGAAGUGUAUAGAAAUAGUCAAAUUUGUGUGGACAGUGAAAAGAAGAAAGGCAAGAUGAAGCCGUCUAAAAACAAGACUGUUAACGAAGAAUCUAGCCCUGUAAAAAUGCUGCAGACCGUUGCAAAGAGGUUUGGACUGAGCAGUUUAAGUUCAAGACUGGAAGGGGUCAGGUAUGAAAAUGGAAAGAUUAAUGUAAUUCACAAGAAAAGUGGAAGCAGGCCAAAAUUCAACCAAAAUAAAUGUUCCUCCCUCUGUGAUGUCACAAUGAGAUCAGAAGAUGGAAAAGAAUUCCGUUGCCAUAAAUGUGUGCUCUGCGCACGAUUAGAAUAUUUUCACAGCAUGCUGAGCAGUUCUUGGAUUGAGGCAACUUGCUGCACAGCCCUUGAAAUGCCUGUUCAUUCUGAUGUCCUGCAAGUUAUCAUUGAUUAUAUCUAUACAGAUGAAGCAGUGGCGGUAAAAGAGUCUGCAAAUGUCGAAUUCAUUUGUAACGUUCUUGUGAUGGCAGAUCAGCUGCUUAUUAUUCGUCUGAAGGAAAUCUGUGAAGUCACAAUUACUGAGAGAAUUACCCUGAAGAAUGCUGCUGAACUCUUGGAAUUUGCUGCUUUGUACAAUGCAGAGCAGCUGAAAAGUUCUUGUUUACAGUUUAUAGGACAGAAUAUGGCAUCUUUACUGGAAGCAAGGUCUCUUGAUGUACUGAGUGAUGAAGUUUUGAGGGAUCUUUCAGAAGCUUACAGAAAAAUGAUUCCAGCCAUGGAUAAACGUAUCAUCACCCCAUACCUAGACGGGCCAGAUAUCAGCACCUUAGAUUCCGAAGAUGGAGAAAGCCUCAACUCCCUCAGGGAAGAACUUGUUUCUGAGCAAGCUACUCAAGAAGGAUUCAAAAAAGCCAAAACAAAAGCAAAAAAGAAGCCAAGGAAGCGCUUAGAUAGCUCUGGGGGAUAUAACCUUUCUGACAUCAUUCAGAGCCCACCAUCAACAGGGCUUUUGAAAUCUGGAAAGACUAACUCAGUUGAAUCUCUUCAAGAGUUGCUGACAUCUGAUUCUGAAGGAAGCUUUGUUGGGGCUAGUAGCCCUAGAGAUCUGCCAUCCCCGGAUUUCAUUGCAGUUAUUACGCCUAGUAAAAAUGAGGUUAAAGAUAAAGUUGGUGCUGUUAGUGCCAGCAGCUCACCAUCAGUUGUGAGAAUAACUCCCAGCAAGAAGAUACCAAAACCUAAUACCUCCUCACCAGAAGUUCUCCCAAAUAACUCUGCUACAUUUGCAAGCUCACCUAAUUGGGUCUCUACGCCUCUCAGUCCAGUCAGUCCUACAGCUAUGGACCUCAGAACUAUUAUGAAAAUAGAAGAAAAUAUACAGAAGUGUGGAGCAGCAGUGAAGCUGAAUAUGGGGGGAUCAAAACCCACUAUUCAUGGAACAAAGCUGUCUCAGAAGCAGAGGAAAAUGUUGGCAAUGUCCUCUAAGGAGAGUAGUACCAGCAGUGACAAUACACCAUCUAAGGAGGCUUCACUAGCCAUGUGCAUCAAAAGCACACCAAAAACAUGGUAUCCUUCAAAUCAACAUGCUGGAGAGCAGAAGUCUUUUCGUGAUCUCUUACAUGAAGAUGAGAAGUCUGGCACUUUGAUUAACUUUGUGGACAGUAAUGUCAAAAGCACUAUUCAACAUGAGGAACCAGAACCUCUGAAGCAAGCAAGCCCUUGGCUUGUGGCAUCAGACAAAACAUCCCCAUCAGCGGCUCCUGUCACUUUUACAACAAUUGUGGAGGAGGAAAAGAAACAGGAAGCUGCUCUUAUCAGGAGCAGAGACAAACCAUUAGCACUUAUCCAGAUCGAAGAACGAGCAAUUCAAGACUUGUUGAUAUACUACCAGGCAUUUGACAACCCAGAAGAAUAUAUCAUUGUUGAAAGGGCUGUGCAAGGGCCUAUAGCAAUACCAAUGUGGAACAAACAUUGAAUGUAAUAGAUGCAUGCUGUUUUAUUGGUACAAAGAGUCACUUCUUCAUUGUAUUUAUGAAGUCUCAUUAAUAAGUACAUUUUAUUUUGCUAUAUAUCCUUAGAUUGUUUUGCAAUAACUUAGCAUUCUUUUUUUUAUUUUUUUGCCCCAAUUUACAAAACUCUUAGGCUUACAACAUAUUUGGUACAUAGGAACUUUGUAUAUGUUAUUUCAUUUAAAAAAAAAAUGUGAAUUUGAAAUAAUUGACAUUUGAAUGUUGAUACUACAGUAUCUUCUCAAACAAAAUUGUUGAAAAUUAAAAGUGUGCAUUCAUCA